GUUCAUUGGCCUAGAAGUCCCGAAAUCCAGCUUGCAGCAGUGCAUUAUGCCCUUCUAAAUCAAAACCAUGAAGCUCUGAAACUGCUACUUAAAGAACUUCACGAAGAAAAACCACCCGAGCUUAAACGCCAUAACCAGCCAACAGUUUCCUUAAAUCACAUGGAUACUGGAACGUAAAUAAACAGUUUUUUGUCAACUCCCCAUGCCCUGUAUAUCUUUAAUUCAGCCACUACCAAUAAAGGCCACCACAGGAAACUACAUGUCGUACAGGCGCAGUGAGUCAGUUACUUUACAUGUAGUGCAGGAACCUGUAUUGUCAAGACACUCACUGGAAACAUCAAAUUCAGUGGUAGACUGUUUUUUUUUAAACAUUGUAGGUCAACUUUCUGAGGUGGAGUGCUCACAAAUGACUAGGGUUCACCUCUUGCCCUUGCAUGCAUGUACAGUACCUAUUUUAUAUAUUAGCUUUGUGACAGCUCUUUUCUUUUUACUUUCUUCAAUGAACAGUGCGUACUGUGAUUUAAAUUUCUGUUUUACAUUAUUUUAUUAUUGACAUGAUUAUAGAUUUAUUUACAUGACAAUUUUUUUUUCUGUUUUGCAGGUAUAACUUUUACACCUUUGGUCAUGCUGUACGAGAACUGUAUUCAAGCAGAGGGUCCAGAGAGGGAAACAAUGCUUUUCUUGAGGUAAGGAUUAUGGACCACUGCAAUAUUAAUAUUAACAAAAUUUUUGUGCCAUAAUAUUAUACAAAUCAAGGGGCAAGCAAUAAUGAUCAAGUGAUUUAUAGUUUGAGGGACAAAGAUGUGCCCGUUGACAUUGUUAAUCACAAACAGACCAUCACUCAACCUCGUUCCCAGGGUUCUCUCCUACCCAUCUCUCGAUGGUGGGAAAUGAGGUUGAUUAUCACUAACUGUACUCAUAUUAUGUCUGCAUCCCAAAAUGCUCUCUAGUUACAGCUAUGUUUGGACAAGGCUUUGAAAUAAAGUGCAUCUUUUUUUAUUUUGCUUCCAUGUUUACAGGAUGAUAAAAGGUUUCACGGGACUAAAGGCUAUGGCACAUCAGACCUUCUGCCAUUCUGUUUUAAGAAGGGAGUCCCUCUUGAGACUGUUAAAGUUCUGUUGAAUGAGAUGACCAUUCUGGAAAAAUCAACCCUUCAUGAAGUGGAACAGGUGAAACAAAUACAAUAUUUAGGGGCUGAUCAGGACUGUGAUAGCUUGUUUUGAAGCACUGUUUCUAUUCCAGUGAUAAUAAGCCCCUUGGAUAUAAGCUCCUUCGUUUAUAAGCCCUCCUUAUACCUCUUGAGCCCAGGGAUAAUAAACAGCAGUUUGCGGUAUCUGUCUAGCAAUGAUCUUAUCUGAAAAACAAAAACGACUUGUGAAAAAUAUUAGCUCCCACUGAAUAUUGCACUUACAGAUAAUGUUAUGAUGUGCUUAAUGACCUUAGGACGGUAUUCAUGAGGUGUGGCAUGCUAUCAGAAGUGGAAACAGAAAAUUGGCUGGCUAUUUUGUCGGUAAAGGAGUGGACAAGUUUGGAUUUGGCUUCAACUUCUUGCACAAAGAGGUAUAAUUGACGAUAAAUUAUGCUCUGUGAAAGGUUUGAACCCAGGAGUCAUUUCAAAAGUAGGUUGAGUUUGAUCCUACUUUUGAAAUUAUGCUCUGUUGUCUUUUGGUAUUGGUUGUUGCAAUGUACAUGUACAGUAAUAAUUUAUGUUUCUAAGAUUUUUAUAGUAUUUUCUGUUGGUGUACAGUAGUCAAUAUUUUAUUUGAUUUUUAGGUUUUAUUGAAUGACAGUGAAGAGUUAACGAGUUUUAGAAGUCAGUCAGUCAAGAAAAAGCCAGUGGAAAACAAAACGGCAAGUACCACGAUCUAAAAUUUGUCACAGACACUCUAACUCCAACAUUUCAAAGUAGACAGACUGCAAAUUAUAGUAGUUGCUAAAAAAUUUAUUUACGUGUCCCAACUGUUCAUCAGUAGGAUGCCUAAAAUGCGUGCAUUUCCACAAUAUUGGUUUCGUUAAAUCCGGUUUAAUUGCAGAACAUUUGAUGGACCUAUCGUUUGGUUUGCAUUUGUGAGGAAAAUUUUAUUAAACGAACUAAAUGUACAAAUUUUGCACGCCAAAUUUUCCGCGCGCACACGUACCAAUAUACAACUGAUUGGCUGAUAUACAGCUGGAUUGGCGGGAAUGUUGCUGUCCAUAUGAGGAAAGUUGACAAUUGGGAAUGAAAAGUCAUCUCUCUUAUCGUAGAUGCUGAUACGGAAAGGUGUGGUUACGUCGCCAGUCUUGAUAUUUGUGUCGAGAUAACACACUUCAGUAGAUGAUGUGGAUGUGUCCUUAAGUUCCAAUUCCGACGGGUAAAUCGCGCUGAUGCAAAGUCCAAAGUUCACAUUGUUAAUACUGAAUAAGUCGUCGAUAUAUCGAAAGGUGUUGCUGAAGGAACCGGAAAAGACAGGAGACAGGAGGAGUUGUUAAGCGGUUUACGCUAUCGUUUGGUUCAUUUGUGCUUUAUUAGACUUUAAAUUUUGCAGCCAUUUUCCCAAGCAAAUACACGUCUUGUUUCUUCUAGGGUAAUUUUUUUUCUGUGUUUAUAGAUCCUGCCUAUUCAUGCUGCCUCUAUCAAUCCUAAUGGAGAUUACCUGAAAGCGUUGUUAAAUUCUGUACCAGAGCACAGCAUUCCAGACAGAGAUGGCUUUAAACCAAUCCAUUAUGCAGCUGCCUGUGAGGGACCAGGGCCCCUAAAGGUUUUAUUGGCAAGGUAAUGGAUCGGCCGGUUUGAGAUUGCGCGAGGGACUGGGUCGGUGGUGCGUCGAAUUGCAUUAUAAGACUGUCUUUUGACUGCUAUCACUUCAUUCUUCUCCCCCAGCGCUGGGAUAGUUUUGGCCAGCACCACGAAUCCAGUUCUUUGGCUGGGGCCGAAGCCGAAGGUCCGCAAAACACGGACUUCCGGCUUUCCUAGUACCAUCAGCAAUUUGUAGGAAUACAGUUACCUUUGUCAAAGUGAAAUAAUCAAUUUUGAGUCCCCGAAUAACCUUGACCUCCCAAACACACUAUCCUUAAAAACUCAUGGAAUGGUUCAUAUUUGAUCCUAGCAGUAUGCGGACUUGUGUCCCACGCUUAUCUUUAUUUCCUGUUUCACCGAGCGCCUUUUUCUUUCAACGAUCCAUGGCCACUGCGCUUGCGCGUUCUCUUUAGGAUCGAUCAUGGCGCCAUCGCAGCCAUCACUUUUCUAUUUGUCAUUUUGGAGCUCUGGGGAAACUGGGUCAAAGUUUGCCCACAAAUGUGACCCAACACCAACCCCGUCCCGCCACCUAAGAAUAGCCAGACUAUGAAAUAUGACGCGCGAUAAGUAAAGCGCACGAGGGGAGGACACGCGCCCGCUCGAGGGUAAUGCCACCAUUCCUAUUUGCGCCCUUUAUUUCUCGUGCGCCUGCUAAGUAGGCAGGCAGGCUAUUCUGUUUCAUCUUGAAAGGUUUUGAAAACUUCAAGUUUUAAAAGCCAAAGAAAGUUUUAUUACUUCAUUGGCUCAACUCACGAGAAACGUUGGGAAUAUGGUCGUAUUAACGGGGCUCCACCGUAAUAUAAAACUGAGUCCGCGAAGAUCUCGCUGGUAAAAUGCUGCGUCCGGCUUAAGCCCCAGUUAGAUGAAAUAUCCACCGUAACAUAAAACUGAAUCGAAGAGCUGGUAUUGGCUUAAGGAAGAUGAAAUAUACAGUGGCACCGCUGGGCCAUAAAAUCCCGGUCGUAGCUGAGUCCCCAGUUCACGCUCUCGGCUUAAAUUGCUAAAGGUAAAAAUUCCGAAAUCGCUGUAAACGCCGCUGAGGCCUAUACGAAUUUAAACGAACCCAGCUCAUUUGACGUACACGGGUAGACUUACGGUUUUCGUACUUGGAAAAAAAUGAUCUCCAAAAAGCAAUUUUCAGCGCGCGGUUGCCUGACAUUUUCUUUGCAGAGGGGCUGAUCCAAACGACCCUGGCCCGAAAGGAGUGACACCUUUGAUGAUUGCUUGCAAACAUGGCCGUGAAGAGAACGUCAAAGAACUUGUGGCUGCUGAGGAUGAAGACGUUGAUGACGCAUUGGAAGACGGAGAACAGACCAAAUCACGUGUUACAAUUGAUGUGAAGAAUAAACACACAAAGGCUGCUAUUCACUAUGCCGCUAGGAAAGGACACCUUGUAAGCGAAAUAUAUUUGUCGAAUGCUCUAAUUUAUUUAAAGGGAACCUAUUUAACCACUGUGUUUAAAUCAAUAAAAUUUGACAAAUUUGAAUCGUCUUCUCCGGUUUAAUCAGGAAGAGUGAAUUUUAAAAUCUGGUAUUAAAAUUGACGGUUACGGUUGCUCUAAGACAAAGGGGUUUAAUAACAUUAGGGCAACCAUAACAGUUCAAGAUGGCGACGCCCGCAAAAUUUGAAAAAAAAAAAUUUUUUAUUUCUUUCGUUUUAAAAAGAUUGACAUCAUUAGACCUGUGAUUUAAAGUUAUCUUUUUGUUGAGCCCUUUAACAACUGGCAAUAAUUGACCUCGUCUUCAAACAAACUGGUAUUAAAUUGGGAAAUGUUACCGUUGUUUUUUUUUCUUUUUAAACAGAUGCUUUGUCGGCUGGUGGCAAUGUUGACCUUCAAACAGGCUCUUACCGGGGAAAUGUUACCGCUUUGAUGCUUGCGGCUGCUCAAGGGCGCCUAGAACUCGUCAAAGCGCUGGUUGAACUGAAGGCUUCACCUGACAAGAAAGGUUGGUUUGUUGGGUGGCUUAAAUCCUCAUAUUUUUUUUUUUACUUCUUGCUCUUGUUGUGUCGUAACUCCGUUAUAACAUUACGUCGGCAAACGUUCCGCGUCAAGUAAGUAAAAAUCUGUGGUCGUACACGUUCAGCUGGAAUUAACUGUUUCAACAGAAUUUGACUUGGCGAAUUUGGUUGAGGUUCCCAACAGAACACUUUUUCAGUAGAGUUAAAUGGUUGAAUUAAAUGUUAAUGGGACUCAGUCAGAUCGCGAACGGUUGUAAGCGCAUUAAAAAAAACAAUAGCAGACGUCACAGUAUUUUUUCGAGCUAGCCCUUCUGAUUCCGCGCGUUUAAGCGCUAUUCUCUCAGCGGCGGUCUUGCGCAGAGGAGCUCUGGUUCGAGACUGAAAAUGGUGAUCAAAAUUAAUAAGAUAUUCGCAAUGUGCAAAUUCAGUUGUUAUUUUAGGUGUCGUGGUGAUGUUUGUCAUUUAACGUAGGGAACUGUAAGGAGUGAAAUGGUCCCUCAAAGGUUUAUUGUUUUUUGCCCUAACACGUCUUACGAAAUUAUUCUUUCAUAAUUAUUGGUUUCUUUAAGGUAAGUGGAACAAGACAGCCCUGAUGUAUGCAGUAAAGAAUGGCCAGUCGCCAGUUGCGGCGUAUCUGCUGAGGAUUGGUGUGAAUCCAUGUGCAGCAGACACCUCCGGGAAUACUCCAGUACACUAUGCUGCCGCCUAUGGCUGGCUUCACUGCUUGAAGAUGCUCAUAGAAGCUGGCGCAGAUCCAAAUGCUGCUAACCAAUGGAAGGUAAUUUAGAAAUGUUGAAGCUUAUUUUUCUGGCUAUCAUCUCUCAACAAAAUAAAACAUUUUACGGCCAGAUUGCUGUCCACGUUUAGUUAGUAACAGGAACAACACAGUUUUCGGAUAAAGGGCUUUUGAAGUAGAUUUGCCAAAUUUAAUACCAUUUUUUAGAAAUAAACCUCUUGACCAUCCCAAUUUCUAAAAUUAGCAGCAGCUACAGUCACUUUAUGUGUACCAACUUUCCUUGCCUAAGGGUAGAUAUAAGGGCGUUGGUCUUGAAAUCUGAAGCCAUGUUUGUGGUGGAAGGCUCUGCUUGUGCCUUUUCCGAAAGUCCUAGAAUAUUUUUUUGCCUCAAAUUCCACAUUUUGUUAAUUCGCAACAGUACAGAAGUGCAAUUUCAUUGAACCUGAGAGUGCGAUCAAAGAAUCCUGGCUGACAAGUCUAGGAUUAGCUGAUUUUAAAAUUUAAGUGAAAGCUGUGAGAAUUGCACAACCGGUCGCUGCCAUCUGUCAUCACCUCGUGCGUUUGUUCGUGCUGAUGAGAAAACGAGGUGGGUCUUUGGGGUUUCAAGUUUCGACUGCACCCUCUUUUUAUAGAGGACAUCCUUUACGCCCCCAUCGAACCUCGGCAGAUGUCAGCUGGGGUCUAAAACAAUGGCUCAUUCGCUCUCAUGGUCAAUCUGAUGAGAAAAAUGAGUGCAGGCGGAUCGUUCCAGUUCUUAAGUCGCGCUUGAAACUCACUUCGCAUCGAGGACAUCCACGCAUUACGCCCUCUUCGAACCUCCGUUCUCCGCAGAUGUCAACUGGGGUCUAAAACACUGGCUACACAUGUAAAUUAAACUUUUAAAAUGAAUUUGGAUGGUUGUUGGAAGGAAGGCUGAGUCAUUCACUGCAUAUAUAUCCAGUUGUUAUUCUUAUCAGAACUAACUUUCUUUAGUUCUAACGGUAUCAUUCCAAUUGUUAUUUCUUCAGGUUACUCCACUAGCAAUAGCCCUAAUGAAAGACCAAAUGCCCUGUGCGGACUAUCUCUUGAGUUUGGAUAACGUUGAUGUCAACUUUCCUGACGACUGUGGACGCACUCUGCUUUGUCAAAAGCUUCGCUGUUCGGCUCUUAACAAGGCACUCGUGGAGAAGAUUACAUAUCUAGUAGAAAAGAAAGGUGCUGAUGUCAACAAGGCUGAUGUCGAGCAGUGGACUCCCGUAAGCAGUUUUUAUUGCCUCUAAGUCGACUUUUUACUGUUGUAAUCCAAGCAUCAUGUAUGCAGGAUAAGUUACACUUGUCUCACUAAUGUUGGCCAAUGUUGGCCCAUCCUCUUUCCCCGGGCUCAGGUAAGCAAACCCAAAUCACUCAAACAAACACUGACAUUGAGCUACCACCGGGGAACAGAAACAAGUAAAAAAGUACUUGGGAACUCAAAUGCUUAAUGUAUGACCUUUUUGUUUGUUUUGGUGCUUAGGCGUUUUGAACGAUCAAGGGCUGUGUCGUCGAUUGUAGUCGAUAGCUGUUUCAUAGUCAAAAAAAUCCCUUAAACAACUUUUAUGAACAUGUUUCUGAUAUACAGUCAACUCUCUCUAAGACGGACACCUUUGGGACCGGCACUAAGUGUCCGUCUUAGAGAGGUGUCCGUCUUAUAUUCUUAUAGAGGUGUCCGUUAAGAGAGAGUCGACUGUAUAACUUAGUCUCUCUCUCGAUACUUUUGCUAUGAUUUUUGUAUUUUUAUAUUUGCAGUAUAUAACAGGUUUUAUUUUUCUUUGCAGCUUCACUAUCUGGCAGCAAACUCUGUUUACGAAGGACAGCGUUAUGUAAGUAAGGAAAUAUACGAACUUUAUGUGAGAAUCAAUGUAUGAAAAAACUUAAGUAUUCAUUUGGGACACUUUUUUUACGUCUCCUACUUAAGAUGCAUGGGACCGCCAUUUUUAGUGGUCAUUUCAGCCACCUCCACCCGAAGGACUAUCCAUUUGCGGGGCAAAGGCAGCUUCAUUUCUCUAUUGUUUUAAGACCCUGAGUAUUGGCCCGGUCCUGGGAAUCGAACCCGCGACCUUCCGCUCUACUGUCAAUCGCUCUGCUAACUGAGCUAAUUGGCGGUUGGAUCAGAAAACUAAAAACCUAAACGUUAAGUUAAUUCUGGCUAGAUUAUUUCCCCGGGGGAAGGGGGCGGGGAGGCUUCGCCUCGAAGUCUAACCCCUUACCCUUUUAUAUACCAUUUUCAGACUGUUCAAUCCUUUGAGUAUGUAAAAUCGGGAUAUUUUUAUAACCAAGAUAUCAGGAGAGUGCCGAAGGAGAGAGCCGCUAGAGGAGACCUGGGGGCAUGCUCUCCCCCCAGAAAAAUUUGAAAUCUUGAUCCUCUGAAACGCCAUUUCUAGUGUUCUGAGAGGACGCUGAAUUUUUGACUUGUCAUUUUUAUGCUUAUUUUUAUUUGCAUGGCUUCGCGAACAAGAACUCGAUGUUAUUUUUUAUUUUGUGCAGUUUCUUUCUGCAUAUCAGUUUCAGUUAGGUGUACUCUUUUAUGUGUUCUUGUUUAAUUAUCAUAACAAUUCAUUUGGAAGAAUCAAAACAGAUGUCAAAAUCGGGAUUUUUCCUAUCCCCAUUGCAUAUUGGUCGAAAUUCGGGUUUUUCAAGCAAAAUCGGGAGAAUCCCGACGAAAUCGGGAUGGUUUGACAGAUUGCAUUUUUGACAGUAGCGGUACAUAUUUUAUAAACGUCUAUUGAAAAAUGGUACCCCUUUCAUAUACGUAGUUAGGGCGCGUCCCUUCGAACUACUGUUAAUGCACCGUCUUUUUGAUAUGAAUAAAUCACUAAGCCAGGAAGUUUUCGUGUCCUUUUCACAAUUCAAGAUGUUCUGUUAGCCCUUUUAGGUUUUUUUGCAGACCGAAAUGACGGAUUUGCGACACCCCUUUCAUAUACUUCAACCAGUGAAUUCCCUAUUCUUUCGUACAGUUAGCCAGUGAGCAAGCUCUCUGGGGCGCUCUGGCGGCGGGGCAGGAAAAGGAAGGAGAGCUUGAACAUCUCUGCAUCGAGAAAGUCGAUGCGAAAUGCUGAUUGAGGGAAAUGACAUUAGAAAUGACGUCAUUACAAUUGGCGCGUGCUUUCACGUGUUUUUUAAUGUUUGUUUACAUUGGCGCUCGUUUCCGCUUGGCGCUGAUUGGCGAAAUCUGACAGCUCAGUCAAUGGGGAGCCACAGGGGAAUUGGAGGUGGAAUUCAAAUUCCAGAGACAUAGUUACAAGCUCUCCUUCCUUUUCCCGCCGCACCACCCAGGAGAGCUUGCAGUGUAUACCUGAAGCCUGAGUAAGGAACCCUUUCCAGGGCGGAGCCUCCCCAUAUAGGCCAUUAUUGUAGGAGGGAGUACUCCCCUCGGGAUUAUCAUUUUUUUUCUCUCUCUUGCUCAUCGCUCCCUCUUACUUUUACUUUUUCCCUCCUUACUCAUAGGAUCGGUUCUUGUCGUAUCAUCCUUCGCCGAUGCUUAAGAUGCACCUGGCUGAGGUGUCAUGCCAGUUGGCGCGCCUCUUUAUAUCCGCUGGAGCAGAUCCUGAUGCUGUCAACAAAGAUGGACGAACUCCUAUGAUGGUUGCAAUCUUGCAAGUGAGUUAUUUUUCAUUUUACAAUAACAGAGCGAUUUUUCGCAGUGUAGACCAUAGAAAUGACGUCGUGACGGCGGAAUUUGUUUUUCUCUUUCUCUCGCGCGCUAUUUUCCAAGAAGCGUCACAGGAAUGGACAAUAAAAAACUGCCAGUGUUCCGUAAGACCAAGCAAACAAACAAACAAAUCGACUUCUGUUUUCCACAAUCUAUUCUAUCAUUGACCGUAGAAAUGAAUUCAAAAUGUAUCAUCACAAAUCACUGAAGAAUUUCUGAUGUUAUUUAUAUUGACUUACGUGCAAUUAUUUUCAGAACAAUUUCCCUUUGAUUGAGACUUUGUUGGAAUGUGGAGCCAAGGGAUCUGUGGGCAAAACCAGUGACGGCUCUCAGGUGCUGCAUGUUCAAGCAGAAAAAGCAGAUGACCUGGAUUUGUCCGAUCUCUACCCAGAUGCACACGUCGUAAGUGACUCAGAGAUUUCUAGUAAAUUGCACACAAAGAUUAUUGUGGAAUUUCGUAAAGCUACUUGCAAACGGACACAACAACUUCCAACAUUGUUGGGCCAGCAAGGCUGGGAGUUGUUGCGUCCGUUUCGGCAGUGGUGUGCAAACGGCUGCAAUAACUCCCAGCAGUGUUGGGACCUGCAGUGCAUCGUGGGAUGGUCUCGAAAGUCUUAUGGGUUGUAUCCUUGCGUAAUGCGCGUGCGUGGCCAACAACAACAAUGUUGGAAGAGGUGUGAAAAUGGAUCCAACAUUGUUUUGCUACGCUUCGGCGAUCACGGAACAAAAGAAAUAUUGGGACGGGCAUUUUUGGCUCAAACUUUUGACCGGUUUCAAACUUUGCGGAACAACUCCAAACAACACGCAGCAACAUACAACAACAUUCAACGUUGUUUGCAUACGGACGCAACAUGUAACAUCCAACAAUGUUGGGAGUUGAAAUAAAGAAAUGAUCGUCGCAGUGAACGCAAUUUAUGCAAUUGCGUAAAGAAAACUAGAAAAAAAAAUCAGGACUUCAACGGGGUUUGAAUCCGUGACCUCGCGAUUACCGGUGUGAUGCUCUACCAUUUGAGCUAUGAAGCCACUGAAGUUGGGAACAGGUCAGUUGUGGGUUGGGAGUUGUUGGCCAGCAAUGUUCCGUCCGUUUGCACGGGGCUUAACGUUCUUGUCACUCAAGACGUAUCUCUAUCUUGCUUCGUUUUCAUGUCCCAAGAGCGCGCGCAAACCAGAGAACGCAUGGGAUCUAUGUAAACAACGGGCGCUAGGCAAGGGCAAAUUCCCCACAUUUGUACCCUUUGAAAAGUUAACAGCAUUGAGGUUAUGCAUGUUAAUGAAUUAUUUAUUUUUGUAAGUAAAAUGGUCACAUAAGAUUAAACUCUCGUGCUGUGAAAAAACAUUUAAGCUUGUUUAUUUUUAAAGUCAUACGUGGAUGGAUUAAUGCAAUUGUAGGAUUUAACUGGGAACACAUCAGAGCAGCGGGAACAGAAGCAAAAGCAUUUGAAAUCUUUGGUCAUGAGAGCAAGCAAUGAAAUGAUGGAGAAGCUGAUUGCUGGAGGAGCGGAAAUCAAUUGUGUUAGAUCUGAUGGCCUAACGCCUCUGAUGCUUGCACUCUCAGAGGUAAAUGGUGUAGCUUAAUUGAUAUUAAGUUAAAGGUAGCAUACUAAUUUUGAUCGUAACCUUUAUGUGAUUUCUCACGUAAAGUAUUACCCACUCAUAGCUGUCGAAAGAACGUUUAGGUUCUCUUGUCGACUCUUGACUAGCCUGGUUCGCAGACGUAAUUUAACCUCGAUUAAUAUCCGCGAAGCAGCCCCGAAAUCCCCGUUUUGAGCCCCCAACGGACUCAACGAAUUACCGGAAGUGCGUUUCAAAUUUCCUUUCAUCCUGAUUGGCAAAUCAACAAUGGGAUUUCUAACAGGCCAAUCAUGGCGCGUACUCAAAUCCUGAUACACAGGUGGAGGUCUGGGAAGGAUUUAGGCGCGGUUUCGCAGACGGACUUAACCAGAGUUUUGUUCCGUCUUUAACGCAGGCUAGUCGUUUUCGGUUUUGCCUGAUGUCGGCCCCUCACCUCUCUCAACGGGUUUAGAAUGCAUUAUCGUCCAUAAAACAAUAUCGAAAGUUAAUUACGCGGGAUGGCGUAGUCAGCCAGCGUCAUAAAUUCAGGAGCGCAUUCUUUUCGUAUUUAUCUUGGGAGUCAAAAAUUGCCUUCUUUUUUCAACUUUCCCGUAUCCCGUGCCCGUCACAAAAAAUUGUGUGAUUUUUAUUGGCUGCAACUUCGAAUCACGUACAAGUCAGGUUGGAUUGCACAGGCAGAAAAAAGAUACUGCGUCAGCAAAAGAGGGAAAAGUAAGCUUACUGCGUAGAGGAGGACAAAGCCAAGGCCGUCCUCUGAAUUACGGCGCACGGUCGCCUGAGGCGACUAAGACUUGGCCUCGGGCGACUGAAAAUAUUGUCCAGGUCACCCACCCGGGCGACAUGCGGGUGUUGGUUUCUUGAUUUAAGGUCAAACAGCUAUAAUUUAUUCACUUGCGUCUUCGUAGCUCGCUCGGCCGCUUUGCAGCCUAAAAAGAACGUUCCGCUCGCUUAGAAACUCUUAAGGCCAACUUGUAUGCAGCAGGUCUGUCAAAAAGCUUUUUAAAAGAAAAUGUUGUUACAUGUAAGCGCGCGUUGAUGUUCAAAGAUCGUUCCACUUACAUUCACAUGUAGCAUAAUCCUUGGGAUCUGUUUGAAAACUGUACUAUGGUACAAAAAAGUAUUGCUCUUGGAUUAUUGGGAGGUUGUUCGGGGUUUAUUUACAGUCACGAUGGAGCUGAAUGAAAUUUGUUUUCUUGUCACAGGGAAACAUGGAUCAAUUCUCGAUGCUUCUCGAUCACGAUGCCGAUCCCAGCAUGGGACUUGACAAGACGGGGAGAAAUCUUCUGCAUUUGUUAGCUACCCUGUGUACUGAGCAUGACUUACGUCGACACAUGAAGAUUGUUUUGAAAAAGGUGAGAAAUACGAACGGCAAUUUAAAAAUAUAUACCGUAAAUCCUCUAUUAAGCCCCCCGGGGGGCAUAUUUUUUUUCAAGCGCUUUUGAAGGGGGGCUUAAAAGAGAGGGGGGGCUUAUUUAAUUUAGCGAAAUGCAUCACCUGUAGCAAAAAUUUACCGCCUGUCUACCAGCAGCUCUCAAGAUCAAGAACUAGUUGGACAUUUGCCUAUAGAAUUAUCAUUUCUGCUGUGUAAAUUUUUAUCUCGUGAGGGUUGCAGCUUAGAGUUUUCACCGACAGGAGCAAGGUUUCUCGAGGACGGACUUGUGGUUCCUGGGCGGUACACUGCUUUGUCUAACGAUAAGAAAAUGGUGACAAUUCUCCACAGAGAACUAGAGCGCAAAGUUGAAAAGUUAAGCACAUGAAGUUGGAAGUCACGCAGCCGAAGACCAAAAACAAUAUGAACUUCCAGCCUGAAUAAACCAUAACUGAUCAGUCAGCCACGUUAAUCGUUAAUUUUUUUGUGAAGAGUAAGGAUUGGGGGAGGGGGGGGGGGCUUAAUAGAGAGGGUGUGCUUAUUAACUUUCCUCCUGAAAAGGUGGGGCUUAUUCGAGAGGGGGGCUUAUUUGAGAGGGGGAGGGGGCUUGAUAGAGAAUUUACGGUAUAUAUAAAAAAAGGACAUUGAGCAGUGCUAAGAAUAUUUUGAAACAAAUAAUACAUAUUUAAUAGGAGUUAAUAAAGAGACGAGAUAACGACUGGUCUCAUGCUCAGCCGUUACUGGCUCGUCACAUAAUAUCGCUCCUACCCAUCAUUUCAGUUGGGAGCGUUGCGCGAGGACGCUAAACGGCCCGUACGAUCGACUUGGUUGGUUACCCUGUGUGUGUUACUACUCUGGGUCACCUGUUAUAGUGUGGGCGACCUUACUCGCCGUGAUUUUCGAGUUCUGUGUGAUUACCAUCUAUGUCAUGUACGCCAAUCUGCGAGAGUUAUAAUUACUAUAUAUAUAUGUAAAAACUUGGAUCGAUAAACACUUCCAUAAAAGUUAUGUCACGGGUUUAUUUCAUUUUUCUGGCCUCAGGUCUCUUAAAGGUGAAUAGGGCAUUCCGACUUCCAAAAACCUCACGAGGUUAAGUGCAAAACUCCUGUCGUGAAAAUGAGUUUUAUUUGCUUGAGAAUAAAAACGUUCUUGGCACACUUAACCUCGCUUGGAAAUUUAGGCUUUUGGCAACUCGGAAAUGGCUUACUGUGCGCAUGUGCAAAAGGUUCGCCACUGUUAGGAUCGGAUUGAAUCCAUCCUCAUUCAUGUUCGUGUCGUGUCAGUAAACGUUUUCGUGUUGUUUGUGUCCCUUAUGUUAGACUAAGUCAGAAAAUCUCAAGGAAAUAUCCAAUUUAGUUGACAACAAUGGCUUCACCCCACUACUACAAGCCUGUGAAACUAUUGCUUCAUCUCCACCAAACAAGGUGAGAGCAUAAAUUAAACAUGAUUAUCAUCUAAUGCCUUUUGAUAUGUAGCUCGUGAUUUCGGCUAUGCGAAGCAGGUUGGACUUUAGUGAAGACUAUAGCAUUGCAGUUCAAAUAACUCUGGCUUAUUGAUUACAAACCAUGUUUCGAUAGUUCUAGCUUUUUUCUACGUCUUCCAACACGAAUGUUCAUCAGCUUGCGCAACAGAAAUAUAGAGCUAGCUUACGCUAUUGAAUUAGAUUACGCGCAUUGUCAUGCCACUGUUUUGUUAUAAUUGAGGUUCAAUAGUUGCAUUGCAUAAAAGUGGCUUUUUGUUUGUUCGACCUUUUUAGGAAAACAACGAAUUUGUCAAGAGUUUUAUCAAGGUAAACGAUUUGUCUUAUACAUAGUGCAAAUAAUUUUCUAUAUCUUUUGACCCAUUUUUACUGUUAGACACAAGUGUACAAAUGUGUACUGGCCAUGUCAUCCAAAAUGCGGGGAAUAACCUUUCUGUUGUCUAAAAUUCCACCCAUUGAAGGGCGUUUUAGUCUUCCCCAGACUGUUUUAACUUUAUGAUGGUUUAACUUACGCUUUAUUAUCCAGGCGAGAGAUGGAGUAUAUGAUGUACUCACUUAGAAAACGUCUCUCCUGCAACUAUUGCUGUAAAAAGCGUGUAUUCACUGCAGUAGCCAGCACGUACACAUGGAAAUUUGGAUAUUUUGGUUAGAAUUUAGAGGUCUUUGAAAACUGGAAAACUACUAAACAGCGUUGUUUGCUUUAUGGAGUACGAAGAUACAUGACAAACCCGACCAAAUCGAUACAAGUAAGCAAACAAACUAUGUUGUACUCUGUCUUGUUGAGUUUAUUAAUGUAAGUAUGUUGAUUCUGUGUUGAUUGUAGACUCUGGUCGACCAGUUUGGCUGCAGUGUGAAAGCAAGAGUUGGUAAAGUCAAGAAAGGAGUAAACGUAUGUUUUUUGCAUGUUUAUUGAAUCCGGGUACUGGUAUUGUUCUGUUACAUAUUGGGAAUUUAUGAUCCAAGAUCAUUCAGAUCAAGAUGCAUCAAAGUGACCACUUAAAGUGACUACUUAAUUCCAUCUGGGCCAAGAUUGAUCGUUACCUUUUGUGCACCAUUAUUUGACUGUAUGAUCUUUAUAAACUCACCUAUUGAAACAAAACAUUUGUUCUUUACAUCACUGUCGCGAAGUGAAGACGGUCAACAUGUAGUUUUUUCGCACCCUUUAGGUUGAAUUGAGGAAUCCUCCAACGUUCGGUUUAAGGCGAGAAAAAGACGAUGAAGUGGAUACAUCUUGGAUAUCGAGGAUGUCUAGAAUGAAACAGCGAUCGUGGAGUGGUAGUGGAAGUAGUUAUAACUCUGACUAUGAAGAUGAUGAUGAAGAUGAUGAUGUUGAGAUGGAUGAUGACGAAAAACCGACAAAGGGUAAUUGCUUGAGUCAUUCGCCAUUAUUUAAUGUACGUUGUACGUAAGUCGGAUGGUCAAUCUAAUCAUCAUCUAAUAAUAAUGAUGAUGAUGAUGAUGAUGAUGAUGAUCAUGGUAACGGUAAUGGUAAUGGUAAUGAUAAUGAUAAUAAUGAUGAUAGUGAUAAUUAUAAUCACAAUGAUAAUGAUUAUAAUAAUAAUAAUAAUAAUAAUAAUCCUUUGCUUACCCUUGGCAGUAUAUAUAGCACUGAUGCUAGUGCACCCGAGCAAAUGUCUGAAACAAAUAAUUCAAAAGAAACUCAACAGGGUUAAGAAUCCCAACUGGCUGGAGGCAAACUAGUUGGUUAUUUUACAAGCCUGGUCGACGAUUUGAACUCUGGACUACCGUGAACAAAUCCAGCUAGCGUUCAGGGCGGGACUUGAACUCGGGGCCUCCGAAUUGCAAGUCCAGCGCCCUAACCACUCGGCCACGCUGCCUCCACGGGUUCCUACUGAGCUCACUGUUGCAUAUGUACUGUUCUGUUCUUCUUAUCCCCAAAACAAUCCCACAGUGCAGUUGGAUACAACACUGACCAACAACCCCAAAAUAGCCAAUUGUAAUCACGUUCUUUGUUGACUCGCUUUAACACAUUGUAUUUUGUGGUGCCUUGAGGAAGUCAAAUACUGUUCUUACCUGUGCAUGCGUAGGUUAGGGUCGCCUUAUUCACAAAGUAACCUUUCAUGUUUUACACUUUACUGAACAGAGAAUUCUGAUGCAGCGGAAGAGUAUGGACUGACAGGUUUGUAAAAGAAAGGAUUGGAAGCCUUGUGUUCGUCAGCAGGGCCUUUUUAUGGCGUGUUCACAGAAAAUAUUCUUGUCUUGGAUUGUUUAAUCCUAUCGAAAAAGCUCAUCAUGAACGAUGCGAGAUUGUAAAAUGUCAGUUAGUUAGCCAUACUAAACCGUUCGUAAUUAUUGGCUUGCCUGCCUCACUUUUUCGUAAGAAAUAAAGACUUGCUAAAAGAAGCCUCUCGUUCGCCUCCCCAAUUCAAGUCAUUACUCAUUCCUUCCCCCGCUUGAAAAAAUGUUCUGACUUCGCUGCUUUUUGGCCAUGACUACUGCAGUCCAAUACACACCUAGCAUACACGUCUUCUUGUUGUAAGCGUCCACGCUGUACCAAACCUUCUUACAGGCGGUAUAAAAGAGAAAGUUAGCGUUCUGUUGCAUAUUUGCAUUCAUGAGUUUGCUGAACAGGGGUCAAUUUAAUAAUUUUUUACAAGUGGGAUAUACAAGUUUAGCUAUUGUUUUCGGAUCGUAAAUUACACUUGUAAAAGGUUUAUUAAAUUUACCCCAGGACACUAUAACUAAAGUCCCCAUCUUUGGAUUGUGAAGGUUCCCUUAGGCAAAACACUGCAUCGAUUAUGAGCCAUUAUCUCUUUUUUCGUAAGCAAUCCUUGCGAGACCACUUACUACUCCUUUCACAUUUAGAGACGGUAAAAAGCGUUUAACUGAAAAAAAAAAAGGUGUUGUAAGGUUUGUCGUUCUUGUAUAAUCUUUUAGGACUGUUCACCUGUCUCCACUUUCUUGUGUAUGAGAGCUGGAAUUUUUCUCCGUUUUUGGAGCUGAUGCUGGAGUAUGUGAAAGAUGUCAAGUCCAUUGUAAACUCCUUUGAUUGCCACGGUCGCACGCCUUUACACUUAGCAGUGAAAUGGGGCAACACUGGAGCUGCAAAACUCCUAGUAAGGUUUUUGUUAAACUUAGUAUUUAGUUAAUGCUAUUUUCUUAACCGGUCCUAACUGUUAAUACUUCGACCAGCGCCAUAGUGCUUCCCUCCACUCUGUCUUCGAGUUAAUGGCAUUGAAAUCAAAUAAAGUUCUGAUCAACAAGAAUAAAACCCCAGCGAGAACUAAAUAUGAUCGACUUAUAAUUAUGUCAAGGCGGCUUACGCUGAAAUCGAACUUGUUUUGUUUUCAUGUCGCUGUCCUCGCGUUUUUGUCACGAAAUCAAAGUUUACAAAUUUGCUCGGAAAACCUUUGCAUUUUGCUUAAAGGCUUUUUAAUAGCCUUAUAAAACUUCUAGAUUUUGUGCCAUUGUGACUCGUCAUUUUUCUUGCUUUACAAAGGAGCUUUGAAAUGGCAGUCAGAUUUCAGUUAAUUGCCUCUUAUCUUAAUCCAAUCCGGUUGCAAGAAGGUAGUGUAAGGAACUUGCUUAAUUACUCCAAUCUCAAGAUCCCGUAAAAUAAAAUUUAUAAAGUAAUAUGAAAAUUCCUGAAACAAAACGUUUUAUUCCCAAAGGGUUUGAAUUGGGUACAACAUUUAGUUAGCCGAAUAGGUCUAUAGCCCACGUUCGAUAUAUUAAAAUGUAUAUAAUCUCAAAUUUAGGAUCGUCAAUUUUUUCAACUCCAUUGUCUCGAAUUCCCAGAAGAGACUUGUCCAAACCAAAUAUAUAAAAAUGACCAGAAAUGUAUGUUAGAAUUUUGAUUUCGAACGUCACGUGACCACAAUUGAUCACUUGACAACAAGUGACUAAGGGUCAUUAAGGACUAAGGUUAUGACUAGGGAAGGACUAGAAACAAGGUCAGGAAUAAUUUUAAUUAAAUUGUCAUUUGUGUUUUAGAUUGAUAGCAGUGCAGAUGUGAAUGUUCGAUCCUUGAAUAUAAAACAAGAUGGACUGGCAACACCACUUAUUUUGGCUUCCAGGUUUGAUAAACUUUAUUGCGCUUAUCACAAGAGUCAAGUAUGGUGGAAUUCACUUUUCCUUCUAUUUGCCUUGUUGGUUGCUGUUUGAGGGUAUCUUCACUAGAAGUUGAAUAGGCCACGUCCGAGUUCCAAAAACCCUCACGUUCAAAAUGAAGCCAAGUGCACAACCUUUCUGUGAAAAUGAGUUUUGUUUGCGCGAGAAUGAAAAAAUAAUUUCCUUAUCCGGCAAAGACUGAGCGCUUAACCUCGUUUUGAUACAGAGGCCAGGGGGAACUCGGAAAUGGCUUAUUGUACAAUUUAGGAGGCUUGGUCGUUUAAUAGAGGAUUGACGAAUGUGUCAGAUCUCCAGAUGUCGCCUUUUCCCCUUCUUGAUCCUAGUUGCUUGUAGUGUGACUCUUUUAUGUAUCAAAUUUGUUCUUUCUGCAGACCAGUGAGUGUUCGUCUCGCCACCUUGAAGGACUUGCUGGAAGCUAAAGCAGAUCCUAACAUCGCGGAUAAUUGUGGUCGCACUGCUUUGUCUUGGGCCGUCUCCAACCCUAACGGUAAAUCCCCUUUGCUCAUCACCUUGAACGAAACGGCAAACGAGGAUAGCAGUUGAAUAGCAUAAUUCGUAAUUGUUCAGUUAAUAGUAAACGGAUGCAUUAGAGAGAUAACUCAAACAAGUCAACUUUGCCGAAAUUUAGAGCGACUGGAAUCCGGUGAAAGAAGGCGUUAGGGGAGUGCUGUUGAACGAUAUCAAAUCCUGUUGAACAAAGAUCAAUCUUUCUCAGUAGACACUUGGCAAAUAGUAUAAAAAUGUUAAGCAAUUGUGGACCGCGCGCAUGCUAAGCUCAUGUCGCCGCGUCAUUUCCCAAGACGAUCUAUGCGUCCUUGAUUAUACUCGAGUAACUAUAAGACACCCACAAAAACCUCUGUCCUUGUUCGUCGGAGUUAGAAAAUGCGUCUUAUGUUUAAACGGCCAGGGAAAGCUGGACAACACACUUGUACACUUAACAUUUUUACUUAAUUAUUUACUCAAAGAUAGCAAGAGUCAGCAAAAUAGGGUCCGUCUCUAUCCGCAGUCCAUUCGUAAUUCCCCUCUUACUGACCCAACCUUUAGUAUGUAGAGUGAGGUGAUGGCGAAGGUGGGCCACACGACCACAACCUACAAGUUCCAUGGCUGCUUUUGUUGUCACUUAAUAGAGAGGAGAGGUGUGACGUCACGUUACCAUGGUAACAAAAUGUCUUGAUCUCAACCAUUUUUCUUCGGAGAGACGACCAUUUGCGUUGUUCUUGUGUGUAUUCAUGGACAGGAAAGUCAUACCUGUCACUUUUUUUUGCUGCUACUGUAUAUUUGCAGGACCAUGGUUUCUUGAGAUUCAGAAAUUCUGCUGCCAUGGUAACGUGACGUAAUGACUUCUCUCUAUUUUGUUCUCCACCACAGAUAGCAACUCCACUCCCUUGAAGCUCUGCACAGCUCUGCUUGAAGCUGGUGCCGAUGUGAACAGUGCCGAUGGCAAGCAGCGCACGCCUCUUCACUACUCUGUGAACUGCACCACGGGUGGCUUUGAGACAAUUACUGAUGUGGAAAAUUUAUUGAUCAAGUAUGGAGCAGACACAACCACCUUAGAUUUAUAUAGAAGGAUUCCUCUCCAUUACGCCUUUGUGAAAAUGAACGGCAGGUAAGCUCGAUAAAGUGAAACCAGGUUAAAAUUUAAUACGUUUCGAAGUUCGCCUUCUUCACCCAAACGUUGUGCUCUUGUUGCUGGGCGUGGCAUUGUUGAAAAUACCCAUGUGCAGUGGUCGCGUCAAUCUCCUGUAUCAAGUAAAUCUCGGUUUUCCUACUACACAAUAUACCACCUCUCGUAAGCGACCGCCUCCUUUCAGUGACCAUUGAUCGAAAACACUAAAAUUUGCCCAGUCAAGGCCUUAAAAUUGACCGCUACAGAAAAUACCAUAACAUACCAUAAUGCUCUUUGUUUGUUACCCAACAUUUUGCAUAAGCAUUGUCUUCAGUUAUCUUGGGAGUUAAAAUGGCCCCAAGAGAAAAUGAAAACAAUGCUUAUGCAAAAUUUUGGGGUGACAAACAAAGAGCAUUAUGGUAUGUUAUGGUAUUUUCUGUAGUGGUCGAUUAGAGUCUCUCGUAAACGACCAUCUCUCGUCCUUGACCACUUAUUGGGCCUGACGACCGUAAUAUUUUCUAUUAUUUUUAACCUCUUGUAAGCGACCACUUGAGGCAUGGAUUGAUCUCUUUGUUCGCUGUACGUACAACGCCACUUAGAGCAUAACAAGAACUUUCCGUGACAACAUGGAACUACACAUAUCGUAGCUUAGAAAUUGCAUUCAAUAAAUUCUCUGCCAAAAUUUUAAUUUGUCGGGACCUCUUCUCGGAAUAGACCCUCUUCGGUUCGAUUCUCGUAACCAAUCACCUCCCGUAAGCGACCACUAAAUCUGCGCAUUUUGGGAGGUCCCUUACGGAAGGGUUCGAUUGUAUAAUCGUAAGUCACUACAUUCGUAACAUGGCAUUCCAUCAGACAAUAAACUUCCGGAAUUCAAUGCGGAACCGCUAACUCGCUUGACCAUUCCUGUUACCACUUAAGUGAAGGAUUUGCGGCAAGAUUAGCUCAGUCGGUAGAGCGCUUGACUGCAGGACGGAAGGGCUUGGGGGGUCAGUUGUCAGGGCCGGACCAAUACUCGGGGUCUUAAAAUAACUGAGAAAUGAAGGUACUUCCUUUGCCCUGCAAACGGCUAGACCUUCGCGUGGCUCGGAUGACCACGUAAAAUGGCGGCCCCGUCUCCAAUAGGAGACGUAAAAAAAGUGUCCCCAAUUAGUACUUUCGUGCUAAAUACAUUGACACUCAAAUGGAGAGCAUUUUUUUAACCAUAUACCCAUUGCUUUUCAACAGACAUACAGAUUACAGCAUGUCUGACCCCAUAUCUGUCGUAGGCCUGUUGUGUGAAGCAAUGGCUGAACAAGGAAAGGAUGUCAAGGCGCAAGUAAAUCAUCAAGAUAACUUUGGACAGACACCUCUGCACAGGGCAGCCUUGAGAGGAUCCACAAUUUGUUCGUUGAAUCUUAUCCAGGUUGGUAAAAGGGAUCCUUAGUGUAAUUGAGGUUGUGAUGUACAAAAUCUCACCGACUUGGGUUUCUUUUCUUUUUUUUUUUCCUUUGUGCGCUAUCUUGAACUAAAAUUGAAAGCCACCAAAUAUUUAGCUAUUCCUGUUGCACUGUAUCGACUCUAUUUCCAGCGGUAACGAGUUAAGUCUGAGGGCCCUUGAAUCUACGAAACUAACUACAACGUAACGUUCAGUCAGUCAGUCCAGCUCCUUAAAUUUAAACCGCAGGCCAGAAACGGCGUCCAUUGGCGCUUUCCAUUUGUCAGAACUGACUGGCCAGAACAUUCUCGUCGUAACAAGAAUUUCACCUUUAAUCAAAACUAUCCAGCCAGAUCAGUCAAAUGCUAAAUAGUAUGCAUGAAGGAGAUGGCAUUUCGACAAAAACUCUUUGAAAUGACUGUUCCGGCCGGCCAGUUCUGACUUUUGGAAAGCGCCCUUUGUAGCCGCUUAACAAAUGUUUUGCGUAACGUUAAUCAAAUUGCUGCAGCUUGUAGUACCUUCGAGGAGAACUGUCCCGCAAUGUUGCUAAAAAUGUAGCACAGCGCCCAGGCUUUUAAGCGUACAAAAACAUGUAUGGUGAUGUUGUACACCUAAGGGGCAGAGCAUUCGCCAUUGUAGAAACGAGAGGGGACCAGGAUGCGAAAUGCGUCUCGCAAUUGUCUCUGGGGACUCUGGGGACGGCGACUUGAAAGUGUCUCAAUUCACCUCCAAGAACAUUUGCCAACAUGUGACGAAGUAAACGAGAUGGAAUAAAGUUUGAAGCAGCGCGAAUUCACUUUUUAAGUGACGUUUUCGUAGCCGUCGCCGUCGUUGUUGCUAAAGCUUCCCAUUGGCCAGUUUUCCCAGUCCCCAGGGACAGUCCCAGAAGUCUUUGCCAAAGUUAUCUAGUUUCCUCUCAAUUUUUUUUCUACUGUCGAAUUGUCUUUGUUUGUUUGCAGAAAGGUGCAUCUCUUGAGAUCAAAGAUAAUGAUGGUAAUACUCCACUGUCACUAGCCGUUCGGGAGGGUCACAAUGGGUAGGUGAAAAUAUUUUGAUAGUUUGCAUCAGUUUACUGUGAUUCUGGUUGCCGUGGAGGGGUGUCAAGGUAGCAGUGUGGUCGAGGGCCAGGUCGUUAGAUUCGCAAUGCGAAGGUGUUCCAGGUUCGAGUCCUGCUCUGACCGUUAGCUUGAGUUGUUUUUGUGGAAGUCCUGAAUUCAACUCCUUUAACACGCUUGAAAAGAGCCAACUGGUUGGCGUCCUACCAGUUGGGAUUUUAGACUUGGUAUGCUUGAUUUAAAAUAUACUUUUUAUCAGUAUCAUAUCGCUUUUCCUUACCGGGGAGAGUUAAUACUUUGGAGGUAUUUUUCGUGGUGUUACUUUCCGCGCACUUGCCUAGUUUGGUAUUCACAGUAUGGGCAAAGCACAGAUUGCAAUAGCUGCCCUGGCGCACAUACAGCCAAUGUUCAAACCAGACUAACAGAACAGAAAAACAAAUGGCCAACUGUCUCUCCAUUAGGCUUCCCUCCCUUCUCUUCUGUUGCGCGCGUUGUGUCGUGGGAAGAAUGCAUAGUCUUAUGGAUCUACCCCAUGAUGCCCGGGCGCUCUUUGUUUUUCGCGCCAAGGCUAAAUAAACUGACGAGUAUUGUACUGUCAGUAGUCCUGUCAGUACUGGUUCAAAACGCGCAUGUCAGUUACUGUGACACUGUCCAGCAGACUUCAAUGUCAUCAACUGUGGUUUUGCAAUCCAUUUUGACCAGAAGGUGACCCAUACUAGUGUAUUCUCAACGUUACUGCUACCUGCAGCGUGGCUUUUAGAGAUAACACUUACAAAUGCCACAAAAAUCCUUCUACCGAGUGCUGACUCUCGCAUUUAUAGUUGUGGCUGUUUUUAAUUCGUUAUUAGUAACUUUAUUUUUGCUUUUCAGUUGUGCCAUGAUGUUCAUGCAGAGUAAUGCACCCGCAUCCUGUCAGGUUAUAAAGCCGUUAACACCAGAUGACUGGAAGAAUUAUGAAAUCGAGUAAGUGGAACUUCUUGAUGAUUUUUCUGUAUCAACUUAAGACUUUCUUUCUUGAGACCCAAAAAUCACGAAGCUCCGUGAAGAAAAGAGAAUCGAACAUAAGUCCUAUUGCAGGACGUAUUUCGGCUGCAGUUGCCUUCUCGUUUCAAAAGUGGCGAAUUUGUGAUAUGUUUAAACUUAGUUUAGUUCAACACGGUAUUUUUCAGGAAGAAAAAGUGUUUGUGGCAAUGGAAGAAUGUUGUUGACUUGUCGGAACCCAAACCUGACAUCAGAUCUGCAUUUCGUGUGGUGAUCGAUAACAACUGGCAGGGAAUAGCUUAUUUAAUGCUGGAGGUUGCUGGGUUAGAUUUUAUAGAGGCGAUUCAGGCAACACUGGAAUCUAACAAGCUGGAUCUUGCAUGGGCGCUGUUAAGAAAACAAAGGAAAGAUGCUGCGGUUCAAGGCGUUGACAAGAAGGGUCGCAACUUACUUCAUUUGUUGGCUAUUCAUUCUGCGCAUUUGUGGACACAAGUGGUGGAAGAGGUAAUAAAACUGAAUAUGGUACUUUAACAAAAAGUUAACUCUUCAUUCUGCGGAUUAAUCGGGACUUUAGGAUACCACCACGACAACGAGAACGUGAAAAAAGCCAUAGGUUGAAUAAGGAAAACAACAACUCGGCACGUGCAUCACGCUUUUUUUUACAUUUCUUUGCCGUCACUGCUCGACUACGACGAGAAAAUACCUAAUUUCACGUUUUAGGGAGGACGUAAACAAGCGACAGCUAAAUUUUCUUUCUCUUUCUGAACUUGAAUAUGGUUCUUAGGAAUCCGUAAGUGACAAAGUAAACGAGUUGGAGUCAUGGUAUAGAGAUUGAAAGAACGCAAGUUCUCUUUUUAAGCGACGUUUUCGUGGCCGUGGCUGUCGUGGUACCUUAAACUCCCUAAUAACGGUAAUGCUAGAGUAAAACCCCAAUGAAACAAAGUGCCAGUGGAGUGGAAAAAUUGUCCUUUACAACGGGGCCUCAUUAUCUCGGGCCCCAACCAGAUAGGGAAUGGGGAGCGUUUUUAGGGAACGGGCGUCAAUGAGAAGUAAGGCCUUUCUUCUUCAACUGACGCUGACAAUUUUUUCCAUCUCUUUUUUAACUUAUUACUGCUAAGCUCGAGGUAGCUCUUCUGUCCAAGUUUAUUCAACAACAUAAAAAGGGGAAAUUUACAUAUUGUUCGACUUCCAAAUAACAGGAGGAUCCUCGAAGAACCAGGGGCAGUCAGACGGGUCGGAAGAAACGGCGCGACGAACUGAUUGUCCCCUGGUCUCCAAGGAUAAUACCAGGGGCUAAUAUGGGCGGGCAACUGUUGUCAGACCUUUGUAUUCAGGAAGGAAUGGCAUGUUGUUACUAGGGGCAUACAUGGAGGGAGAAGGGGAAAUCAGUCGGGUCGGAAGAUACGGCGCGAUGAACUGAUUGCCCCUGGGUCUCCAAGGAUGAUAGCAGGGGCUAAUAUAGGCGGGUAAGUCAGACCUUUUUAUCAUGGAAAGGGUGGAGUUUUGUUACGCGCACACUAUGAUUUAAGAGUGUUUGGUUGCAUUUCGUUUCAGAUUGCCAAUCAUCUUGUUCAGAGGGGUGUUCCCCCCGGGGCUGUUGACUCCCAAGGGGCGACGCCCCUGCAUUACGCUGCUUGCAAUCACAACCUGGCUUUCUGCAGGUUUUUGUGGGGUAAGAAUUUUAACAACAAUUUUUUUCAGUUCUCCAAGUCGUUUAUCUCUUCUCAAAUAUGAUGAUGAUGAUGAUGAUGAUGAUGUGCUUUUGUUGUAGAACAUUCUCCAUCUUCUCUGGACGUGACAGACAAAGGCGGCGUCACGCCGUUUGCUGCAGUGUUCUCCAACACCGAGAGCGGAAUAAUCACGCUGGUGGAGUAAGUUAUUCGCAGAAGUACCCUAAGUCAGCAUUCAAAAUUGCAAAAUAUUAUACUCAAUUGAAAUAAAUGGUAGUACACUGAAAGAAGCGAAGAGAGCUGUUGGUGGGGUCAAGCUUGCAGGUAUGAGCGAAAAGUCAAAAUUUUUUCUCAUAGGAGCGCGGCAACAAAAUGUAUUAUUUCAAUUUUUCCACAAAAUUCUACAGAAGGGAGGUGUUUUUUCAACAAAACCUUGAUACCCGGCGUUAGUUAGAGAAAAGGGGAUUUGAACGAAAAAAGUGGGAAAAAGGCAAGACGGCUCUUUCGCUCUUUUCUCCCCUUUUCACCUAGUAAGCCCGCUGCUCAGGCCCCUUUUCAUUUAACAUAUUGUACACAUUCAAGUAAACAAGCUGUCGUUUAUGUGAAAUAUGAUUUAGCCUGCUUUUGGUAUGGCAACUGUAAGCUCGUCGACUUUAUUUCCCAUUAACUAAACUGAAUUUGAAUUUUCUUCCAAAGAUUCUUCGUUAGCCCAUCAAAUUGCCACGUCAAGAACUUGGAUGUGUGCUACAGCGUGGGCGAUGAACAGAACAGUAAAGAUACAACCACUCCUUUGAUUGAAGCCGCUUUAUCAAGUAACGAGAAAGUUGUGACCUAUCUACUUAAACACGGUGCCUCAGUCAACUUCCCAAAGGUAAGAUUAGUAAUUACUUGCUUCGCGUUUUUCCUUAAAGUCGUUGAAAUUUAAAUGCCGUGGAAUUAUUUAACGACGCUUGAUUGGAACGUCCUUGACAACAGGAACCUCUCGAUUUUUUUUGAUUGAUUGUAAUAUAGUGCUACUAAACACUUCAAAGAUUGAGUGCAAAUUGAAAAUAAAGGACCGAAUGGGAAAAUAUGCGUCUCACUCUGCGCUGGACACUCCUAAAAACUCAGAUAUGAAAAUCAAUACCAGCCAAAAACCUAAUUUUAGAAACCGGAGUAGCUUGUUGUUGUUAUUUUUUUUUUAUUUAUUUUUUCAUUGUGGAAACCACGAUACCUUAAGCAUGGCCCAUGGAUAUUUUCUUUCUUCGAUUUGUUAAGUCAAACAGUUAAGUACGCGGCACUUUCAGCUGGUAAACACGUUAGACAAUUCUUUGCGGAUUUCAAAUACGACAGCUUUGGCAAAUGCAACGGUCAGUUGCUUAAGUUGUCUGCUUUUACUUUCCAUCUCAUACACUAUACCUCCUUUUCAGCAUGACGGACGCACUCCCCUCAUGGAAAUUGUCCGUAGCAACGCGAUGGACAUGGUCAAAGUACUGAUUUAUGCUACUGACGACAGAAAAGUCUGGGAGACAAAGGAAACGACUCUUGUUGAUCUCACAUUACAGGACAAUGAAGGAAAAUCCGUGAUACAUCACUGCGUGCAAAACAGAGAGGUAGGACUGUGCUUGUAGUUACAAUAGGUACUAAUGAAGUUGAUCUAUGCACAGGCAGCUUUGCUUGAUGUCCACGGUCAUUUUGAGGACAACGCAAUAUGAGACAACACGUAUUAAUGAUUUCUCUCUCAUACUGAGCUUGGGCUAUGCUUCUCGUGUCAUUUUCUAGGACUCUCUCUUAGGCGGGCGCAUCACUAAGACGGACGAUUAGCGCCUUUCCGAACAAUUUCCGUCGAAGAUAGGGUUUGCUUUAUUGAUGAGAUGCGAACGACGAAACUCCGUCGCAUUAAAUUGAAAGGCACAAUGAUGAUCCCUUGGCAGAUGGUCGUCAAUUGCAACUUGUAAAUAUCUUAUCAUCCACUCCCCUCGGGGUUUUAAGGGAUAAUUUACAACAAUGGUUGGGGAACUUCUUGCCAGGCUGCUUAUGGUGCGGUUUACAGUUAAUGAAGGAAUGAGUGAUGAUACCCCCUGUGUGAGUGUGAAUUUGAGAUAGACCACCACACCGGGGACUACGUCCGCUUCUCUCGGCGAAUAGUGUGUUGGUUCUUUAACGUCCCACAGAAUUUAUAUGUUAGGGAGCUUACGUAACGACGACGACAACGGUAACGAGAACGGCAACAAACCAAUAGGUUAGGAUUGGCAAAACAACAACUUUGCACGUGCAUCACGCUUUUUUGUACAUUUCGUAGCCGUCGUUGCACGACUUCAACGCGAAAAGUGCCUAAUUUCACGUUUUGUCGAGGACGGAAACACAAAACAACAAUUUUCUUUUUCUUUUCCUGAAGUUUGAUAAAAUCCUGUAGAAUUCAACUCCAAAGAAAUUUGGCAACAUUUGACGAAUUGAACGAGAUGGAAUAAGCGCGAUAAAUUUCGAAGCAGCGCGACUAAGUGACGUUUUCGUAGCCGUCGCCGUCGUCGUUGCUUAACCUCCCUAUUGUAUGUGUAAGGGUUGUGAGACUGGGCCUACGGUUUAUCGUCCUUAUCCGAAAAGUUGUUAUAGAAGUCUAAUGAUUGGGAAUAAGCCCAGAGCUCAUAACAUUACUCUAAAGUGUAGAUAACAAUUACGGCUACAAAAAGGGGUAAUUUGUACUUUUUUUCAACGCUUUAGUAUGGCUCUGCCGAGAAUGUCGAUUUGCUGAAAUUUCUGGCCAGUUUUGAAGCCCCACUGGCCUUAAGAGACUCGCAAGGACACACUCCGCUUUACUAUGCCAAACAGCAGGGAUCUGGGGUCAUGGCAGAGGCUCUUAUAGAACUGCUAGGACAGACGGAGGCAAACAGGGUAAGUUCAAGUACACUGUGUUGCGUAUUAUGAUGAUUAAAAAGGGGGCAAGGAAAACUCCUCCUCUUCGGUUGCCAUGCUUACGUCGCUGUUACCUUGGUGACAGAGCAUCUACCGUUCUUACUGAUUAAACGUUUGUAUCGUCUUCUCAGAUUACAAGUGUUUUAUCAGUUAUCUGUGCUUCUCUUCAUUUUGUCCCUUCUACCAAUGUUAUAGCAAUAGGAUAUGCAUUUGUCUUGGUUAUUGUAGUUAGUAGAAUGAUGUCUGCACUGAAGAGCGGGAGUCAAUCCCCGGAACCGGACGGGACCGACACUCAGGCGGGUCUUAAAACCUUAUUUAGGAGAAGUUGCUGCUUUGCCUGUGAAUUAUCGGCUAGAAUUUCGCAUGGCGCGAAUGAGCAGCGGUUGAAGUGGCGGUAUCCUGUCCAGUAGGAGACCUAAGAAUUUUGUCCUAGAUGAAUACGUUAAGCUAAAUUCAUAAACACUUGCAGAAAGUCGGUUCUCCCUUUCAUAACAGGACACAGAAGAACCAAUGGAAAGUGACUCAGGAUUUAACUUUACUACUUCCGGUGAUGAAUUGUGGGAAGGUCCAGUCCCAGAUCCCACAACUGACGCGGAGAAAAUACUCCAAGAGGCCCGGGAAAAAGAUAAAUCCGAUAACGAUGACAUCAUCAAAGUCAAAGUUGAUUCAGCCUUCAGAAUGGAGGGAGGAGGGUAGGUUUUCGUAAGUCAUAAAGAAACAAUUAAUUAAUUAAUUGGUAAUUAAGAAUUUGUGGUUUAAAAUUCCCAUCUAAAACGAAAGGAAAAUCUGCACAGUGUUUCGUCCUUACUGCUAGGUUUUAUCUCAAAUUUUCUAAGUGAACGGCGAGCCGAGAGAAAAAUAAAAACCAGUUUCUCGUUAUUCCCCGCGCAAACUCGCCGCGGUUUUAUCGCUCAUUUGCGUGCUCACCAAACAAAACCGUUAACCCUACACAGGCUAACUAACUGCGUAUUCUUGAACGGUCGAUUACAUAUUUACCACCACUUUAAACUUAGUGGCGACCAAUCGUUUGAAUUACGUUUGUGCAGCACUAUAUAUGAUACGUUAUUACUGAAAGAAAGACUCCUUUUUUUUCUUGUCUUCUAGGGAGGUGUAUGUGGACCCCGAUACUGGUGUGCCAUAUGAUAUCCUGAUGUCCAAAGUUGACGUCAAAUACGGAAUGUUCGGUUUGAACAACUUUUAUAAGAUGCAGGUUAGACGAGUUUUACACGACUUAUUUUAGCUAUUGUAAAUGCCCUUAGCUUCUAUAUGUCUCUGUUGCCGAAUCUUUGGGUAAAAACUUGAGGUCCUCUCACAUAAGCAAAAAUUAAAGAUGGGUUUCCCUUCAUGAAGCAUGACUUCGUUACUUGAUUUAUUUCUUACAGCUUAACAAGAAUACACGCUGUUACAUCACUUUUCCUGUCCCUUAUUAAUCUCGUGCCCAGUCUCACUCCUAUACCGUGGGAGAUCUGGGAGCAAGGAUAUAUUUUUAGAUGGUCUAUCGCUUUGACAGGUGCCACUCCCUUUUUUUCUUUUUAGAUCUUUUUUUUUCUUUUUCUAGACCCCCUUUUUUUCUUUUUAGAUCAUUCAUCAUAAAGCAAAGGACCUGUGGGUGUUGUUCAAUCGGUGGGGAAGAGUUGGAGAUAGUGGUCAGCAUCAGAGGACACCGUACAAUGAUCCGGAUACUGCUACAGCUGAAUUUAAGAAAAUUUUCAAAAGCAAGACCAGUAAUGAGUGGGUAAACAUGGACAAGUAAGUCAAAACUGUUAUUGUUUGCCGCCAGAUAAUUAAAUUACAAAUUCUCCAUCAAACCUAAAGUACUCUUAGCCUUAGAAAACAGCCGACAUUUCGCGACUCCACCUCCAUGGUUUACCCGCGAAAUGACAUCUGAGAAACAAGCGCAGAAAUACCAUAGUGAUAGCGCGUCGCUACUCAGAUCUGGGUAGUGCUUCUUAUUGGUCGUUCCGCGUGUGAAAUUUGCUUUAACCAACCAGACGUACUACCCAGGUCUGGGUAGUGGCUCGUCAUCAGUAAGAAAUUUCUGUGGCGGCGUCGCGAAAUGUCGGCUGUUUUCUUCGGCUAAAAUACCCUUGAAACGCAUUUUCAGACUUGAUAUAAAUCAGAAGACGAAUAGACCUUUCAAAAAAUACCAUAAUACUGUUUAAUUAGUGGACUUGAUAUUGCCUGGACUUAGGAUGCUCAGCACGUGAAGUUCGUGCUUUGUUGAAAGUGCUUUGAGUAAGGUAGACCACACCCUUGUUUUGUUAACACGCGUUUUGUGACCUUUUUAAUAGGUUUCAGAAACAUCCGAAGAAAUACGCCCUGGUGUUACCAGAAAGGAACCCUGAAAAUAAACGGAAACGAAUGAACGAGGUGCUAAAGCCCUUUGAACUCGACAAGUGUCCAGCAUCUCGUCUUCCGGAGGAAAUUCAGUUAUUCAUGAAGGCAAUUGUAAGUGUUUGUAGUUACGGUAAUGCCUUCCGCUCGUGCCUGCCCCUCCCCUCCCCCCUUUUCAUUUUUUGGCCGUCAGGUGUGACACAUGGAAAGCGCCCUUAGUUAUUAUUGGUUGAUGGUUACCUUUGGUUGCAAUCCAUAAAUCAUAACUACCUCUUGUCCACCCAGACGAUUCCCAGACGAUCCAAGAAGAUGUUGGGCCGAACACUUGUACCCAUUCUUCCUAACUUUAUCUUUCGGCGAUUUGUGGUAUUGCCUGGAGCGCUAGAUAUGAUUGGUUAAUGAUUAUCUUCGGGUAGCAUCGACUAAUCAUAACUAACGCUUGUCCACCCAAACGAUCCCACAAAUCGUAUCGCCCUAAAUCUUGUACACAUUUUCCCUAGAGUUUAUAGAGUUGGCGAAUUGUGACUGUCAUCUAUUAUCUUCCUUUCAGACCAAUUUUGGGGUGUUAAAGUCUGCUAUGAGUAGCGGAAUCUUUAGAAUAGACGAAGACUAUAUGCCAUUUGGACGACUCUCCAAAGAUACUCUAGAAAAGGCUCAUGAUGUGCUACGAGAAAUUAAGUAAGUCUUAAAUCCAAGCCUUAUUUUUUGACUAGACACCUGAUUUACCUUACAAAUAGAAUUCUUGAAAGAAGCGUAUUGUUUAUGUGUUUCAUUGUAGGGCAAUCGUGGAGACAAUAGAUCGCCGAAAUCUGGAAGGAACAGAGGAGAAGUUCGAGAAGGUACCCAUUUGUUAACUUUGAUUUAUCCUUGAAUAUCUGUGUAGGCUGCCAAGCCCAACACCCAUAACCAACCCGCCCCCCCCCCCCCCCGGGGGGGGCUACUUGGGUCAUUUAUUUAGAACCCCUACCCUAUUAGAGAACUAUUACAGUCUAUUCUCUGGCGGAUUAUACACCUUAUCUUAGUCACUUUCGGGCAAAUGUAAUUUUCCCUAUCACAUUUUUAGUCACUUUAUUUUCACUUUUAGUUUAACAGUGAAUAUUCCAAUAUUUAAAUCCCUAAUUACCAGACUUUUCUUACCUUCAAAAUCCUUCAAGUGUGCGAUUCCAUUUUAGUAACUCUAUUGAAACUCUAACUCUAACUCUCUCCACAUUAGCCUUUUACUAAAAGGUGCCUCCCCCGGGUACCAACCUAAGGUUGCAACUGGAACUUUGCCUCCUUUGUGUUCGAUUAUUAACUAAACGAACUUAUUUGUUUCCUUAAACGUAGAUUGCUGAGCUUAGUAACACGUACUACAUGCUGAUGCCCAUGGCGUCUUACACUUAUGAGCGAAUUAAACCGCUCAAUGACAGUAACGAUAUUGAAAGACACCUGGACGCUCUUUAUAACUUGACGGAGUUAGCAGAUGCUAGUAAGAUCUUGUUGGGGGCACAAUACCGUAGUAAAGGUAGGUUGCAUGUAAAUCGCUGUUAUUACAGUUAUCAGCGACGUGGAAAUAAAAACGGGGCGAAAGUGCCCCUCUAGGUGUUAUGCAUUUUUAUAAGAGCGAACUGCCGGACAAGCUUGGUCAAUAAAAGAUUUAUUAUAUGGCCAAAAUGAAAUGAUUGUCUUGUGAGAUCAAAGUUCCGAGCGGUCAAAGUUGAGUCAAAGUUUAACGCUUGAUUUUGCUUGUUGGCCGAUCAGAACAAGAUUCGCUCCAUUUUGUUAACACAUGCAGGACAAAAUGCAAGCGUAUCGAAGAAAAGGGCAUGAAUGACCCGAUUAUUGCACUUGUACUCGAGCACUUCUCUCGUCAUUUGAAAAUUACCUCUUGGCUUAUGGUAGCUCAACAAUGCAGUUGACGCAUGUUUAAGUUUCUUUUUAAAAAAUGUCUUAUGACUUAAGCGCGGUCAGUCUCAAACAACCACUUGAUGCAAUUGAUAGUGUCCAACAGGAGAUACGACAUUAUUUAACUUCAAAUUCAGGUACAUAGCCUGAACUCAAGCAAUAAACUGUGCUAUGUCUUUCUAGAAGUCAAUCCCUUGGAUUAUGUGUACAAUUCGCUCGGGUGUCAUGUGGAAUUGCUGGACCCAAACUCUGAGGAAUGCCAGCUCAUUUUGGAGUACAUACACAAUUCACGUAAGAGAUAUUAUGGUAUUUGAUGAUGCAUGCAAGAACUAGUAGAUAGUAAACAUAAUCGCUUUAAAAGGGUAUUUCCCCUGGUUUUAAUAAGUUUCCCUUUGUACAAAAGAUAUUUCUUCGGUUGGUUUAGGUUUGUGUAAACUGAUACACCACUGAUUGGUAAAAACAGUUCACAAAUUCGCGCCUAUUUCUUACCCAGUCACAGCUUCUGGUAACUUGCUCGUCGAACGCAUUUUGCCGGGCUUAACGACGGUCCCACUGUUGGCUCAUGGGAUUUUUUUUUUCGUCUGUUGUGUUUGGCCGGGAUAAAAGCUUUAUGACUAGAAGUGUUCCGGUGGUUAUGAUUUCAUUCACAUUACUCAUUUCAGGUGGAAGGCAAAGAAUUGAAGUUGAGGCUGUUUUCAGAGUCUGUCGAUUGGGAGAGGCCGAGCGCUUGAAAAACUGUGGAGUGCCUGGGAACCACCGUCUGCUGUGGCAUGGCACUAACACAGCUAAUAUGAUAGGGAUCCUGCAGCAGGGCCUCAGGAUUGCCCCUCCAGAGGCUUCCCGUUCAGGCUGGUCCCUCGGAAAGGUUUGUGUUGUCGCGAGUGCAAGUUGUUCUACCCUAAAUGUAGCAACACACAUGGCCAAACGCGAGGAGGACUGUUCAUUUAGGUUUCAUCUGUCUUCUUCGUAGCAGGCGUCUAACUUCUGCAUUUUUGUUGAUUAAUCAUUGUCUUUAAUGCAUGUGGUUGAAAUCAAGAUGGAGUAGACUUACGAACCGGUUGAGGUUAGAAUCCGGCCUUCCUUUGUUUUUCGUGGGGACUGGCCUUCCUUGUUUUCUUGUCUGUGUUCUUUGCUGUUGCUGCUGUUGUUGUUGUUGUUGUUGUUGUUGUUGUUGUUGUUGGAGCACUGAAGGGAUGAGCUUUUCCAGGAUGUUAACUCCCUCAGUUUAAGUGAUGCCAACUCUUACCUAAUUCAUCUUUCGCUAAUCUUCUAUAGAAGACUUCUACAUAUCAACCGAGAAUAUCAAUUUUCAUUUCAAAAACUCAUUAAUAAUUCAUAAAGAAAAACAAAAGAAAUUAAUGUUUAAUGAGUGUCUUUAUCUCUGGUAAAGACACGGCUAAACUUUUCGUCGAGUUUUUUAAACCAAAAUAACCCCUAAUCUAAGAAUGAGUUGAUCUAUGUUAGAGAUGUUCAAGCCGUUAAAAAAAUUCGCAGUCGUGUAUUAUCAGGUUUAAAAACUCGAGGCGAAUGCACUCCUGCUCGUUUUUUAAACAAUACAUAACGAUGAAAUAGAUGCAGGUCGUAAAGAAGUACCUCACAUUUCCAUUUGUCUACUCUUCAUAUAAAGCUUUCUUUUUAUCUUUUGCUGUACAGGGAAUUUACUCGUCUGACAGCUUGGAUAAGAGCAUGAACUACGUUGGUUUUGGAUCUGCUCAGACAGGUUUUGUGCUCCUGUGCGAGGUAAGGCUUCUAUAGUACCCUCUGUUGGUUGCUGUAAGUUUCUGCUCGCUACGAGAAGUGAAGUCAAGAUACUUCUUUUAGCCGGUGUACACCCUUCCCCGCCCCCGCCCCUCCCCCCCAAAAAAUAGUGAUGAUGAUAAUUGGGGAGGGGGACAACGUCGGUUCUUUAAAGCAACAUCACGUGACCUUCGGGAAAUCAAAACAUACAGGCUUCAGGGAUCUGCUGUAUCUCGUGUCAAUCCUUUAAACCCUUAUAUUAUAAAACAUAUUCCCCAUAUUGUUUUUCGCACAUUUGCUAUGGCAGUUGUUUGACAGUUAAGUUGACCGUUUCCUUUUUUCUCAUGACCUACAUGUUUGAUUGAGCAGUGUUAUUGUAGAGAGAAAUUUAACGUUGGUCACUUUUGGGUUUCAAAUAGUUAAGGAUGGUUUCGGACUAAGAGGAGAUUUUAGUGUACAUUACUAAGAGAUGAAGAGACUUGAACGUAGUUAACACUAACAACAAUAACAGCAACUAAUAAACAAAGGGAAACCAGGGUGGCGUCGCAAAACGUAGGCUGUUUUGUCAAGCUAACUUCAAAAUUAAGCUAAUUUUUUUUUCAAGAUGUUGAAAACGUGGCGUGUCAAAAGACCUUACUCAUGCUUCUCUUGUGUUAGGUUGCUCUUGGCAAAGUCAAAGAAGUUGUUGAUCGCGAAUAUCAUGAGAGUGCACCUGAGGGAUUUGACAGCGUGUUGGCUGUUAGUACUGAGAUCCCGGAUCCAAGUGAAGACGUCACGACCCCCUACGGGGCUAAAGUUCCCGCUGGGGUACGGGUGACACAACCAGGUCUAGCCGAGAAGUUCAAUGUUUAUCGUAUUUAUAACCGGGAUAGUGAAUAUGUUGUGUACAAGGAGUCUCAGGUCCUUAUUCGAUACCUAGUGCAGGUAAAAAGAACGUGGAGGUAAAAAAGUCUGAAUUCUAGAACGUGAACUGUAAUCAUCUUAGAUCAGUAUGGCUACAAUAGUACGAGCGCUCUGAUUUGCUGUUUUCUUGUAAUGACCGGGCAUUGUUUUCUUGUAGUGACCGGGCAUUACUAGCUAGGGGUCAAAGACAUACACAGUCUGUGUUUAACUUGAUAGUGGACAUCCAUAAUGACAUCAAUUGGCAUCUGUCAAAAAGGGCAACAGCUGACCAGUGUCACCUGACUGUAUCGCGAGCUUAAGUGUGUAAAUCAUUGAAGUGACGUGUUUUUCAAAGAUAUCCGCUGACCAGUGGUUGGUUUUAAUUGAUCGCAGGCUCAGGUCCAUAAUGAAAAGGCCACAUAAAAAAUAACUUAUUAACCUCGUCUGUUCGGUCAUUACAGGGAGAUUUCAGAUCUCGGCCUUUAUGUAUUGACCUCACUCUCUGUUAAUAAGUAGUAGAUAAAAGAUAUGGAAACUUGAAACUGCUCCUAAAUCAAGGGCAUUUCACGCCUGGCUGAUAAAAGUUACUAGUGAAAAGAUUAAACGCCCAAGCCUCGACUCUAGGCUAGUUCCAGUUCACGACGGAGAAUAAAAGAGACCACCGAAAGUCUACAAAUUUCGCAUGAAAUAGGGGGUAGAACCUUUGACAAGGAUUACAACUGCCGAACUUGAAAAUUUUAGGUAGGACUUUUAAUUGGCUAGUGUGGGUUUUUAAAAAAUACUUUUUACUGACUUUUUAACAUGUAGUUGCACCAAAUAUGUGACUAUAAUAGUCCCUUACUCGAAAAAUAGCACAACAACACUGAAACAAAUCCCAUAAGUUUGUCCCUUGGGUAUCACAAAUGGGCCUUUGUGCAUGGUAAAAGUAAUCACUAUUUAUGUUUCGUGGUUUGUCUCUUGUAAUAAAAAAGUUCUAAACUUG